AUGAGCCGGCCCUCGUCGAGGUCUCGAGCUCCGAUGAGCAUGGAGGCCCUCUUGGACGAGGAGAACCGAGAAGUUCUCGCGGCCCUCGAUCGAGACAUAAGACGUGCCUCGAGUCCUGUGCCCAAGUUCAGACCGAUGAGAACCGCGACCCCUCCUCCACACGUCCGCAGUAUGCUUGAUGUCGACACCCCUUCUCCUCGACGCAGCUCAAUAGCCGGAAUCGGCGUGGGAAUCACAAGUCCCACAUUUUCAAGGAAAAGUGGCAAAGAGCUCGAUCCCACCGACCCCAGCAGCUGGACCUCUCCCCAUUCCAGCAAACCAAACUCUCCCGUCCUCACGAAAGCCUCCCCCAUCAUCACGCGACAGCGAGACUCCUCAGAAACUGAUCGUCCGAUCGGGCUGCCUAAGAUAGGAACAGACGACAAGCGUGGUUUUGAGCAGAAUUAUCAGUUCGAUCUCGCGUCGAUCCCCUCCAGUGGUCCUGUGUCGCGUUCACCCACGAAUAGCAAAAGUCCACGCGGAGGCUCACACGGGGCAGGGCGCGGAAAGCAGAAUCUUGCUACAGCUGCUGCCAGCCAUUCGAGAUCUCCCUCGUCCCCAUCUCGUAAGCCAGAAACUUCCAAGCCAGGACUUCUCGGUCCUAAUAGUCCACCCGCGCCGUUGACGACGAACUCUGGCACCGUAGUGGAUGGGCAGGCGCACCUUCGAUUGACCCAGGCGAAGUCGGGUAGUUCCUCGACGCUCACCAACGACUCAGAGGACCCGGGUAGGGUCACGAAGGACGACGCGAGUGGUGAGGACGAAGCUGCAGAUAGCGAGGACGACAUGAGCAGUGACGAGGACGAGACUAGAGGUCGGUCAGAAAGACGGAAGCUUUCCUCUAACGGCAGUGCACCGGAUGUGAAAUAUCCUGCUUCGAGCGCUACGCCAUCACCAGAGGAUGUCAAACGAGUAUCACAUUCCCAACAGUUUGUCAAGUCACUGCUGGAGCCAUCGAUCUCCAUCACCAGUCCGAGUGGGGAGAAAUUAAACGAUGGUAAGGGAGGGACAAGUACCCCAGCCAGACGGUCGUCGGUGGCGUCCGCAACUGACGACGAGGAUGACGAGGCGGCAGCUAUCAGGAAGGCAAAGUCGCUAGGAUUGAACGAGUCUCAGCUUGACACAACAGUCGCUGGUCGGCACGUGCAAAUGGUCCUGCGCGGCAAUUGGGCUCAGUUCCAUCAGGAAGCGGAAGAUGGAAAACGGGCGACCAGGCUCUAUCUUCUCUGCUCCGAUCUGAGUGUCGAGGCAAGCUAUGCGAUGGAGUGGGUGGUGGGAACGAUGAUGAGAGAUGGAGACACCCUCCUGGCCAUCUACGCCAUGGAAGACGAAAACGCUGCAAAGACGACCGAAGCCGAGAGAGAAGUUCUGACUGCGGAAGGGAAUAAGGCUGGUAAAGACGCUUCAGAUGUCAUGGCCACCCUAACACGGCAAACGACGCAAGGUGGUGGGACCAGUAUCGGACUGGGCAAGGAAGCGAGGUACAUUCCAGCAGUUGAAGCAGAGAGUCUGACUGGCAGCGUCGACGCGAGGAAGGUCUCCAGGAAGGAAAUGGAUCGGCUGAAAGCUGUAGAGGCUCUCAAAAACGAUUUUCUGAAAUUGGUGCGGAAGACAACGCUGCAAGUGAGGUGUAUGAUUGAGGUCAUUCAUUGCAAGAGUCCGAAGCAUUUGAUUCUUGGAGCGAUUGACGAACUCGACCCGACACUUUGCGUAGUAGGUACACGCGGUCGCAGCUCUCUGAAGGGUGUCCUCCUCGGUUCUUUCUCGAACUACCUCGUCACGAAAUCGUCCGUGCCCGUCAUGGUUGCUCGAAAGAGAAUGAAGAAAUCUCAUUCCGGACCUUUGAUCAGCAGCUCCAAGAUACGCCUGAGGAAUAACUUGACGGCCAGCAAUUUCCCGCUCAAACGAAAGAGUCUGACCCAGGCAAGAAUUGACUAG